AUGCGUCGUUUCAAAGACCGCCUCCUCUCUGAACUCCAAGAUGCCAUUCAGAAGCCAACCCAAACCGACUGCCCCCCACCGCCACCCUACUGGCAACCCGUCUUCUCCCCCUCCCUCGAAGUCUCCCAACACUUCAAGCACCAGCUAGGCGACCACGGUUGGGGCAACAACGAGCUCCAAAACUAUGUAGCCAGCCCCCAAAACUCCUUCCACCGAAACGGCAAGCUCGUCCUCCGCGCCAUCGCCGACUCCUCCGCCCCGCGCGACAAAUACACCAGCGCGCGCCUCACGAGCCACCAAACCCUCGGCCGGCAGCGCGGUUACCUGACCGCAACCAUCACGGCCCCCUGCGCGAGUGGGAUCUGGCCCGCGCUGUGGCUUUUGCCAAGCGAGCCGUUUAAGUGGCCGGAGGAUGGUGAGGUGGAUAUUUUCGAGAGCUGGAAUGGGGAUUAUAUGAAUCAUAGCUGUCUGCACUGGGGUCACUACAAUGGUCAGGAUCACGACAAGCACAGGGCGUGUGAGACGCGGAUGCCGCACAUGAGCCAUGCGGAGGGGUGUACGUUUGCGCUGGCGUGGGAGCAGCCGGAGGACGGGCAAGGGGGGAGGAUGGUGUGGUAUAUUGACGGGAGGGCGGUUAUGAAGGCGACGAUUCCGCAGGGGACGAGGAGGAUGGAGGAUUGGCAGGUUAUUAUUAAUGUUGCUAUGGGGGGAAAUGUUACGCAGGGACAGAUCCCAAGGGAUGGGAGUUAUGAGUUUGUUGUCCAUUCGAUUUCGCUGCAUGAGGAGCCGAGCGGGGGGUGGGCGAAGUUUGAGCGGGAUUGGCGCAGUGCAAAGGAGGGACAUACGAUGUAA